CCUGAGACCAGCAGUUCUUGGAGAGGAUUUAGUUUAUUUACCUUUUAAGGCAAAAUUGGAGGCUUGUUCUAGCAGCUGCAUAGUGACAGUUCUUCCGAUGGUGAAUUUCUUUAACACGUUUCCUGAUUUGGAGCCAGUGUCUUCUUUGCAUGGCAGAAGAGGAAAUCUCAUUCCUUUCUAGGACCCUCUAAGCAGCAGAGACUUUGAGCAAGCUGGAGGAGCUGCUGGAAGCUGAGGCUCGUGUUGCAGAGUGGCUGAGCAGCACCCCUGUCUCACUGACGCAGGCCAGGCAAGAUCCGUACCCAUCUCAUACAAACGAGUGUGAGUUGUUUUGUUCCCUACUGUAAUGGAUCCCCUUAAAUUCAUGGACUGCUGGUGGGCCCUCACAAGGCUGUUGAGUCAGGACACUUUUCCUGUCUGCCAGGCCCCAGGAGCUGCCCACUGCUGAGGAGGAGUUUGGUUUCCUGGCAAAGUCCCAUCACAGGGGGGUGAGUCAGGCUCAGUCCGGGCAGUGGAAGCUGUUGCCACCCUCGUACAAGGAAAAAAUACAACAACUUACUUCCUGAAGGCUGAGUUGGGAGAGGUGGUGCUGUGAUCACUGCAUGCUGGCUCUCCACCCCAGAGGGUUUGCCCUGCUGCCAACAACUGCCUGUUGCUGUUCCUUGUCUUCUGAGAAUGCUUGGCUUGAACUGGUUACAACUAACUCUCCUCUGCACUUUCUAGCUUCUAUGAUUCUGUGAUAGCCCAGCUUUAGGAUGGACCAUCCCAAGGUGCUGGAAGGCUACAAGCCCAGAGUGAGCCACAAAAAAAGAACACCAGCUGCAUUGUGGCUGGAUGAGGAGCUGGAGGAAAGCUGCCCCUUAGAAAGCUGCCAAGAUCUUUGGCCUGUCCAGGGAACCACUGCUGGCAUGGAGAAGGAGGUGUUCACAGCAGCUCCUGCACAGGACACCCAGGUGUCUGCUCACAGAAAGCUCGUACUUGCCAAGGACAGGGGGAAAUUGUGCCUUGUGACACUGCCAUACAAGCGAUGGAGGACGAGCGGGACGUCCGGUCUGGCAGUGACAGACACAAGACUAAACGAGCUCCUGCUGUUUCCAGUGAGCGCACAGGCAAAGACAAUAGAUUCUUGCCCCUCUGCUUUCCAGAGAAGCUUUGGAAAAUGCUGGAAAGUGACCAGUUUCGCUCCAUUUGGUGGAGUGAAGGUGGAAAAUGUGUGGCCAUCAACAAAGAUCUCUUUGAAGAGGAGGUGCUGGGCAGGGGAGUUUGUCAGCGGGUUUUUAACACGCAGCACAUCAAGAGUGUUAUUCGCCAGCUGAACCUCUAUGGAUUCACCAAAGUGCAGCGGGAUUUCCAAAGAUCUGCCUCUCUGCCUGAAUUCCUAUCAGAGGAAGCAGCAGCUUCUGCUCACAGCCAGGAAGAUCCAUCCCUGGAGAGGCACUUCAAAGGCCACAGAGAUGCUGUCACCAGCGUGGACUUCAGUCGUGCUAAGAAACAAUUGGCAAGUGGCUCAAUGGAUUCGUGCCUGAUGAUCUGGAGCAUGAAGCCUCAGAUGAGAGCCUAUCGCUUCUUGGGCCACAAAGAUGCAGUUUUGUGUGUCCAGUUCUCACCUUCUGGCCACCUUGUGGCUUCAGGCUCUAGAGACAAAACCGUCCGUUUGUGGAUCCCUAGUGUCAAAGGAGAAUCGACUGUGUUCAAGGCUCACACGGGAACCGUGAGAAGUGUUCAUUUCUCCAGCGAUGGCCAGUCCUUAGUUACAGCUUCUGAUGACAAAACCAUCAAAGUGUGGACGGUUCACAGGCAGAAGUUUCUGUUCUCACUGAGUCAGCACAUCAACUGGGUUCGCUGUGCCAGAUUCUCUCCUGAUGGCCGGUUGAUAGUGUCAUCCAGCGAUGAUAAAACUGUCAAGCUGUGGGACAAAACCAGCAGAGAAUGCAUCCACUCCUUCUGUGAGCAUGGAGGGUUUGUGAACCACGUGGAUUUCCAUCCCAGCGGUAACUGCAUUGCCGCGGGCGGCACGGACAGCACGGUGAAGCUGUGGGAUGUCAGGAUGAACAGACUGCUUCAACAUUACCAAGUGCACAGCUCUGUGGUCAACAGCCUUUCCUUUCAUCCCUCUGGAAACUAUCUGAUUACUGCUUCCAGUGAUUCAACUCUUAAGAUUCUGGACUUGUUAGAAGGAAGAUUUCUCUAUACUCUGCAUGGUCACCAGGGACCAGCUACCUGUGUAGCAUUUUCAAGAGAUGGAGACUUAUUUGCCUCUGGAGGUUCUGAUGAACAGGUGAUGGUGUGGAAGACCAACUUUGAUGCUGAUUAUGGUGAUGUAGUGAAACCCCAGAAAUACAGCAGCAGUGUGGAUGGGACCCAUGGCACUGGGUCAGAAAUGGAUGGUGGCAUUCAUCAUAAGAAAACAAAAACUCAGGAUUCUGUUAGGACCCAUGAGCAGCAAGAGGAGGAGACCAGUCUUGCAAAUACCCUGGAGCAUAUUAUGGGACAGCUGGAUGUUCUGACUCAGACAGUUUCCAUCCUGGAGCAGAGGCUGACACUUACUGAAGACAAGCUGAAGGAAUGUCUUGAGACUCAGCAGAAAAUCCUUCAGAACAAAACAAACUGAUUUCCUGAGAUCAGACAGGAGCUGAAGGAAUUGGGAGAAGUACAGCAACCAGCACGUGGACUGAGUACUAACCAGGAAGGUCACAUCUCUCCUGUCUCUGGUCCUACUAAGUUAAAGUGUGUAAGCAACUUGGAGUUGCCAGAUGCCUGGCCCAGACUGUAUUAGGCUUGUUGCUGAGGCCUGUGCUGCCUGAAGGUCCUGAUGCCAAAACAACCUUGACAGGUUGACAAGGCCCUGACAACCUUGCUCCACUUGAGCCAUCACCAGGCACCAGCUGCUGAUUUGUCAUUUGCCUUCUCAAAACCAUCUCCUGAUAUGGAAACAGUCCAUCACUGCCUGGAACCAGCAGGAACACCAGAUCCUGCCAGCAUCUGUUUUGGACAUCAAGGCAAGUGGGCCUGGGACAGCUUUAUCUGGGGUAGAACUUUACUACUGGUGUUGUACUAGAACUGCUGAUUGCCUGCUGCUGCCGUGCCGUGAGGCCAGGAGAAGCACUCCCAGACAGGCUGACCUUCCAAGGUGUGUUAUAAAUGGAGAGAAAACCAGGUAUUUUUGAAUACAUGUAUGUGAGUGGUUGUUUUGGACAGAAACUGCUGGUGCUAGGAGCUGCAGGAGCAACCACCUCCAUCAGUGCUGCAUCUCCAGCUCAGGGCUGGAGAGAGCUGGCUCAGGGCUGUGCUGCCCAACACACAGAACCAUGUUGUUCUUCCAGCAGUUCAGACCGUGUGAAG